GCUGAUUGGCCGAGGCGCGAAGGAGCGAGUCGUUCAAAGUAGGCGAGUGUGGAGGCGCUUUGGGCGCGCGUCUCGUUUGAGGCGGUUCUUCUUGACAUUCGCCGGUCCGAAGCGCUUCUUUUUCCUCCGGGAGCCGGCGGCUCUUUUUCUCCUCUCCAUCUCUCGCGGGCGUUUCGGCCAGCCGGUGGAGCUCGCAAGUGCGGGGACCCCCCUCCCGCAGCCGUUAAAGACGAAACGGGACUCGAGCGGCCGCCUCCCUUCCCUUCCUCCGCUCCGCCCGCGUCGGGGUCUUGCCUGCAGCGGCAUGAACAUGAGUUCAGCGGGUGGUGGGGGCAAGAAGGACGAGAAGGGCAAAAACAUCCAAGUGGUGGUCAGAUGCAGGUGAGCGCGGCGGGCGGGCGGGUCCUGCAAAAUAAAAACGAAAAUAAAUAUGGGGGAUUAGCUGCGGAAGCCAAAUUAGGCGCCUUUCUCGAUCUUGUGCAUGUAAGCCUCGCUGACUUCUCACUAGGCUUGAUCCCCCCGCGAUGGUGGUGUUGUGGAUGCUUCGGGUAUCGAAGAGAUCCUUUUUCUAGGCGUUGUCGGCGAUGGUGAAAUUCAAAGAGGUUGGGUGCUAAAGACUGCGGUCCUGGGCGCACUGGCUUGGCAGCGCAGUGGGACAUCUGAAUAUGCAUACAGGGUUCUGCUGUUGUCGAAGAAACCUCCCCCCCCCCCAGUGUUUUGUAGGUUUGGGCAGAAGGUUGGUGGUGGUCCUCGGGUUGGUAGCAGGUCAUCUUCCCCGUGGUUGGUCCAGGUCCAUCUCCUGUUGAUUGCUGGCAUUUUUACGGAGAAUGUUCAGCCUCGGUCUGAUCCAGCAGUCGGCUUACUUACAUACAGUAUCUUUAAACAAGAGGGUGUAUAUUCAGGAUCAGUUAUACUUUAGCUUAGCAAUUACUGGAUACUUUGUGGGGAGAAAGCAAGAUCCUUGAUCUUGCAGACAGAACCUACACCUUUGCAGUUUUUAUGCAUUAAGUUGCGUUGGGAUUUGUAGAUCCUGUUUCUUCCUUGAUGCAUAUUGAUCAUAAUGUUGGAAUAAGUUCCCAGCUCUUUUUGCAUUGUAAAUUUCAUAUGUCAAACCUAAGGAAGGCUGAUGUGUGGCCAACACAUGCUCCUCCGGAUGUUAUUAGAUUCCAGCUCCUAUCAGACCCAGCUAGCAUAGCAGCCAAGGGGUCUUCAGCCCCCCAAUAAAAUAUUUGAUGGGCCAGCCCCCCCCAAGACAUUGCCAUUCAAAUGCUGUAUGCACCGUGACAUGUGAUUGCUUAUGCCGGGUGCAGCUUACCUGUUCCCUCCCCCAAUAUUUUAUUAAAGUUGGCACCACUGCCAGCUAGCAGGGUCAGUGGACAAGAAUAAUGGGAGCUGAAAUUAAACAGCCUGCUGUAGACAGUGGUGAUGACUGUCUUGCAUUAUCUGCUUAAAAAAGGGGGGGAAAGCAUUGUGCCUCUUUUGUUAUGCCAUCUUUUAUUCCCUCUUUCCUCUUCCCAAGAGGUUUAAGUAGUGCAUGUCAAUAGAAAAGCUAUCAGUUCAUUAAGAACAAAGUGAAAGAGAUGAGAUGAGUCAUUUUUUUCUAGCUUGGCAUAGAAAAUAAGAUUCUUUAUUUAAGGUGGAGACAAUCUUCAGCAAUUCAGUUUCCACUAUCUGAUUGCUUGGGACAAUUUAAUUUCAAGUAUAGUGUAAAUAUGUAUAACAUUUAAAUCAAAUUGUAUGCUUGAUAUUUUCUUAGUCAUAUAUUUCAGUCAUAAUACUUCUGUUGGGGGGCAGGAUGAGAUACUGAUUCAUCACCUAAAUGCAUAGCAUACUUUUUAGUUAGCCUCUCUAAAUAUAGCCCCAGUAAAUCUCAAUGGAUUUAGGGCAUUGGAAAACUUUCCACAAUUCCAGAUUUUCCAAGAAUCCCACAUCACUGUAGGUGAUUAAGUCCAACAUUUUCCCAUUUUUAUUCUGUACAAUUGACAUUUCUUAAACUUGUCAAAGCUAGUUCAGCAAAACCAAAUUUCAGCAUAAGACCUGCAUAUAUUGUGUUCAUAAUUCAGUGUUCAAGGUGUUAGUACUGAAGGCUGCUCCCUACAAGGCCCUUUCUACCUGGCCUAGGUGGAAAGGGCCCCUGCUCACCUUGCCCUAUUUUAGGAACUCCUGGGAGACUGGAGGGUCUCUGCCCUCGUGUGAGUGCUGAAGAGCCCAGGCUCACAGGAACAAACUCUGGGGUUGGGGCAAAUGUCAAAAAUGCUUUCAAAUGUUUUAAAUAGUUUUUAAUUUGUAGUGUUUUAAAUUUUGGUUUUAUGGUCUACUUUUUGCUCUGUUGGGGGUGGGAUUAAUGUUUUGUUGGGCCUGGGAAUUAGUUUAAUUUCUAGUAUAACUGAAUUGUUUUUUUGUUUUAUUUUUUAAUUAGUUUCUAUUUUAUAUAGUUUGUAUUCUGUUCUUAAGCGGGGAGGGUCAGGGUUACAUAACACCGGUCCUGAAAGACCUACUGGUACAUUGGCUCCCAGUACAUUUCUGAGCACAAUUCAGAGUGUUGGUGCUGACCUUUAAAGCCCUAAACGGCCUCUGUCCAGUAUACCUGAAGGAUCAUCUCCACCCCCAUUCAGCCCGGAUACUGAGGUCUAGCUCCGAGGGCCUUCUCAAUAGUGGCACCCUCCCUGUGGGAUGCCCUCCCAUCAGAUGUCAAGGAGAUAAAGAACAACACAACUUUUAGAAGACCUCUGAAAGUAGCAUAUCCACUGUUUACAAUCUUGUCAGCCUUGUGUUUGCUUGCAGCUAGAUUAGUGCAUAUGCAAUUUGAGAACAACACUUUUACCGUUUUUUAAAGGCCCUUCAAUGCAGCUGAGCGCAAAUCUAACUCCUAUUCUGUGGUGGAGUGUGAAAAUGGAAGGAAAGAAAUUUCAGUUCGCACUGGAGGGGUGAUGGAUAAAACAACAAAGAAAACGUACACAUUUGAUCUGGUAAGUAUCACUAUUUGGUUGGCUUCCUAGCAUGUCUUAGCUAUCUUAUCAGUUUUGAGAAUUUAGGGCAGGAAUCAUAGAUCAGAAUAGAGCAUAUUCUUGGUAUGCAGAAGAGUCCAGGUUUGAUCCCUGACAUUGGGAUAAGGUACAACUGGUUAGACAGUCCUUUUGCCUUAAGACCCUAAGGAUUCAUUUCCAAUCUGAAUAGAUACUAGACAAGAUAAUACUAGGACCAGAUGGACAUAUCUGAUUUGAACAUAAUGUAACAAUUUGAUUUAGUGUUGCCUACCUUGGCCCUUGUGUGUUUCCCAUCUGUUCUACUCUACUAGUACAGCUGUGAAAAGGAGAUCAGAAGCUUUUGGUCCAUUUUUAAACUAUGAAACUGAAGUUAGUCUUGACGGUGCUAUAGGGAACCAAGCCAGAACCAUAAACUUUAGUUUGAAGUUGGCUGCUUCAACUAUAGUUAAGACUCAUGACUUAUUUGGGUUCAGACAUGAUCAUAAACCACACUUAGUGAAAAAUGGAGGCAACAGUUUUCAGCACAGUUGCACCAGAGGAAGAAAAUGCGAGAAGCAUAUGAGGCUGGUGCUCAUUCACAGAACACAGCCCUAAGUGAGCGUCAUGUCUGAAUGAGCAUACUUCUUGAGCUAGUAUGCAGCACUUUCUAUUGUGGAAUAAUAUAAAUUGAACUAGCUUUACAAAUAAUUUGCAAAUACUGUAUGGAUAGGAAGUGGUUUGUUUGUUUUUUAAAGUCUUUUACGCUGGGAAGAAUUAAGAGGUAGGUGGGAGUGGCAAGUCUUUUGUCAUGUAACAGGUAACCUAAACCUACCUGAUCAGCCCUAUUUAAUUUGCCUAUAGAACAUGAAAUGUCCAUAGAAAAUGGGUAUUUAUUUCAAAUACUUGGGGGAGAGGAUGGCUUCCUAGCACAGCCUUGUAAACAAGCCCAAAAAGUGCUUAGCCUACCUGGAGUACAGGAAGAGGGAUGACUCACUCCAUCUCCCCUCUACCAGCAUACUUACUGAAUGUGGAACAGAAGUAUUUCCUACCACUCCCUUCCCCCAUGCCUACCGUAGAAAGCAAGAGGACAGAUGAGUGAUCUGUUCCCCCUUCUCCAUCUUGCUCACAUGUCUGCAUGGAAUUACAGGUAGACAGUGCCUACAAUUUAAAGGUUAAAUACAAAACCUCAGCUUUAUUUUAGAAAAGUCCUAGAUUCUCCAAAACACCCAUUUCCUUGAAAACCUUUGAUUUGGCCAACAUCUUUCCUUAAACAAUGGGUGCUUACCAUUUAAACUCAUUUAAAACAAUCUUUAAUAAGGAAAAGUUCCUUUUAUUACUUUUCUUUCACAUCUUUCCUUCAGGUAACUCAAGGUUGCGACUGGCCCAAUGUCACCCAGUGGGUUUUAUGGCUGAGGGGAUUUUAAUCCUGGUCUCCCAGGUGCUAGUUCAACAUUACUACACCACCACACUGACUGUGCUACACCACAAAAAUUUCCCUUGAUUGGAAAACAAUUGGAACUUCUACCACUCUUUUUGGGGGGAAGCAGGUGCAAAUGGCAUGAGAUGACAGGCUGGGAGAUGAGAAUCUAUCUAAAUCAGAAUAUAAUUCUGACACUGAUGAAAUUAUGUGGCAAGUUGGAGAGUUCCUGUUUCAUAACUGAAAAACAUGUAGCAAUGAUGCCUUGUAUGAACUCUACAGGUUUUUGGAGCUCAGGCUAAACAAAUUGAUGUGUACCGGAGUGUUGUGUGCCCGAUUUUGAAUGAAGUUCUUUUGGGUUACAACUGUACAGUGUUUGCGUGAGUAUCAUAUUUAUUUUUCUUCUAACUCCAUCUAUAUCUGUGUUCCUGAAGUUAACAUUCCAAAUUCCUUUGUACAGCUAUGGUCAAACAGGAACAGGAAAGACCUUCACUAUGGAAGGGGAGAGAUCACCUAAUGAAGAAUACACAUGGGAAGAGGUAAAAUAUGAGGAAUUAACAAAACAGCAGAAUCCUAUGCAUGUUUAUUUGGAAGGAAGUCUUCCUGGAAAAUACACGCACACACCCUCUCCGAGUGGUGCAAGAUUCUAGGCACUUAUGUUUCCUUUUGGAAUGAGGCAUAGUGGAGACUGCUGAUAUAUGGUUUAUUUACACAUACAGGAACCUGAGGAGGUUCCUAGCAUUACCACCCAAAUAAAGUCUGUCUUCUCUCAUAGCCACAGUUUUGGAUUCCAACAAAAAUUAAACAUUGCUCUGACUCUCUUGCUUUAGGUCUAGGUCACAUCACUGCAAUUCAACUCUAAACUCAGGCCUUUUGUCUUUCUAAUUAACCAGGGAAGGAGGCACACACAUUUGCCCUCUGACACAGCCACUCCCUUUGUUCCCUAAACAGCUCAUACUUAGCAGGCCAUUACCAGGCUGGCCUGGCUAUUCCAGCAAUUGAAUUGUGAUGGAUCCAGGAAUUGGAUGUGGGGCUCAGGAAUAUAGCCUAACCACCUCAAACUCAUAACAUUAUUUUCAGUGUCUCCAGCAUAAAACCAUAUAUAAUGGAUUGUAUUAGACACACUUGCAUUUUAAAGGUGUUUGCUCAUGCUAGCAUUCUAGUGUCAGAUUCCUAAACUCCAAAAAGAAAACCAGUUAAUGCUAGUAUGCUAUGUUUCUUUACUUUUAAUUAUAGGAUCCAUUAGCUGGUAUAAUUCCCCGUACACUGCAUCAAAUAUUUGAAAAGCUUGCUGAAAGUGGUACAGAAUUUUCUGUGAAAGUAUCUCUGUUGGAAAUCUACAAUGAGGAGCUCUUUGAUCUAUUGAACCCCUCUCCAGAUGUUGGGGAAAAGCUGCAAAUGUUUGAUGACCCACGUAACAAGGUAAAAAAAACAACAACAACCCUGAUUUGGCUUCUCCUGAAGGCUGUGGGAUGUUAAAUUACUUGCUAACCUAGCAUUUUGUUGUGACAGAGAGGUGUCAUAAUCAAGGGUUUGGAAGAGAUAACGGUACAUAACAAGGAUGAAGUUUAUCAAAUUUUAGAAAGGGGAGCAGCAAAAAGAACCACUGCAGCUACUUUAAUGAACCAGUAUUCCAGGUAAGAAACAUGUCUCCAUGAGAAGCAUUUUGUUCGUUCAUGGUAUAGGUAAAGAAAAAAAGAAAAACGCCUAGUUAGCUCAGUUGGUUAAGCAUGGUUCUGAUAAUGCCAGGUUUGAUCUUGGUAUGGGACAGCAGGUCCCUUCCAACUCUACAAUUCUAUGAUUCUAAUAUGUAAGAAUUAUAUCCAAUAGUUCACUUAGGCAAGCCCCCCACCCCCGAUGUUUUGGAUUAUGAGGUCCUUAUCUGCUGCAGGCUUCAUUAAACACAUUGCUCCAGUUACCUCCACCUUUGGAGAUUAUUAAUUUAUAAGGUUUACCAUAAGCACCCAGGGCAGGUUACAACAAUAUAACAUAAUAUUAUUUAUUUUAUUCAUUUUUAUUUCAUAAGUUUAUGUACUCCCUUGUCAUCCAAGGAAAAAAUACUUGAUUUUGAAUUCUGUGGAAUGCAAAUUAUAACACAAUAAAAUUCCACAUAAGCAAUAAAAGAAGCAAUAAAAAUACAGUUAAAAAUCAUAGGGCAUUUAGCACAGUGCAUUGCAGUUGCUACAGCAGGCGGAACAAUCAAGUACUCCACUACUUAGUGUUACAUCUGUCUUAUUUGGUUGAGUUUUUGUAGAAAAUAUUAUAGGAAGUUGCGUUGUGUAGAAUCAGACCACUGGUCCAUCUUGCUCAGUGCAAGGAAGCAGUUCUGUGGGGUUUUUAGAUAGGCUGUACCGAGGAUUGAACCUGAGAGUGUUUGCAUUAAGAAUGUACUAUACUAUUGAGCUUACAGUCCUUCAUUUUCACAGCAGUUUAGUUGCCCUGUUUCUUUGUAUUUUCUCACAAGGAAGCAUAAGGACUUCUGAACUCAAUUCUUUGAAAAUUGCAUUUGAAUGAGGCGAUAACACAAGCUCAUGUCACCCUUACAAAUCCAGUGUGGAUCAGUGGGAGUCUGCUACUAGCCAUCCAGGUUUUGGCUAGUGGGGAAAGAAGGCUCAGUCUGCCUUUCAAUGCAGUUUUUCCCAUGACCCAUAAGCCUUCUCCCUUUCCAGGUUCUAUGCCCCCAGAAGAGUCCCAUCUAACAGUUUGAAUUGGGCCUUGAACUUUCUGCCCACUUAUAUGGAAGAAUGCAUUGGAGGCAGGAAACCAGCAGGUGGCGCCAGAGCCACCAACACAUAAUACUUCCUGCAGCCCUACUUGCAAUAAGAAACAAAAGGCUUUAUUAAUGAAGCUUUGUGAAAGAGAAGGUGCUGUACUGUAGCUGAGAGAUUUGCAGAGCUUGGAAAAUGCAGUGGUAGAACAUUUCUGUCCUGCUGUUUGUGGCAGCACAUAUUCUGAAUUGAAGAAAAUCUGUAAAAUGAGCCAAUUUAGCUUCUACUUUGAGUUGACUUGAUGUAAGUGAAUGCUGGGUCUGUGUGUGUGUGUGUGUGUGUGUGUUUUAAAUGUCCACUGGAAUAUUUAUCUGAAAUGCUUCACUCUAUUUGCAGUCGCUCCCAUUCGGUGUUCUCUGUCACGCUACACAUGAAAGAAACGACAACAGAUGGUGAAGAGCUUGUUAAAAUUGGGAAGCUAAACUUGGUAGGUGCCCAUUCUUGGGAUUAACCCAAGAAGAGAUUAUAUAUAGGAGCAACAAAAAAUGAGGGGUGGGGGACACAGUGCUGCUUUGAAAACUGAAAACUCUUACUGAAUGUUUUAACAAAGUGAUCUGCUUAAAAUGCGUGUCUUAAGAGACCAUAGGUGCUAGGGCAAUGCACCAGUCUUGCCCAAGGCCUGAAUCCAGAGCCAAAUGGAGCUUAUUAAGAGGGCCUCCGAUAAGUUCGGCACAAAAACCAUUGAUGGCUGCGAGUUUGGUUGGAUGGGCCCUGAAUGAUCUGUGGGUGUCAAGGAAUGGGCAGGACAUCAGGCAGAAAGGAGAGGCAAGCAAGGUGGAAAAACCAUGGGGAAAGAGCCAAGACUUCUCUGGUCAGUGGCUGCAUCUUCAUAGGAGAAGGUAGACUGAAUGUCGCAGCUCCCCUUCUGCCUGACACCCCUCAGGAUCCAUGUAUCAAUUUUGUGGCAUGUGGAUGCUGCACAGAAUUGGAUGUGUUAGCUGGUAAGCAGAAGGUGUUCUCUUGUGUGUUGCCAUUGCCUCCCCUGGCUCUAGUUUGAGACCUAUUUUAAAUUUGUGUUAAAAUUGGGUCUUAAAACCAUUAGUCCUGCCCCUGGAAUUGUUUUGGGGGCAGAUCCAGGGUGGGUGACCCCCAGGGCAGCAGAAGGCAGAUCAGGGAUCUGCAUACACUCCUAGCAGAUAGGCAUGUAGCACAGGAGAGUUUGGCUCAUUGCAAAAAGUAGGUCACACUUUACCUACUUGUGUUGGCUUAUUAGACAAUUUGAAAGUAAGGUCUCACUUAUGACUGUCACAGCUUAUUAACCUAGCCACGGUAUUGCUUCCAGGUUGAUUUGGCAGGAAGUGAGAAUAUUGGUCGUUCUGGAGCAGUUGACAAAAGAGCUCGUGAAGCCGGAACUAUCAACCAGUCCCUAUUGACUCUGGGAAGAGUCAUUACCGCACUUGUUGAAAGAACCCCUCACGUUCCGUACAGAGAAUCUAAGCUCACUAGAAUCCUGCAGGACUCCCUUGGAGGGCGCACAAAAACUUCCAUAAUUGCUACCGUCUCUCCAGCAUCGAGCAAUCUGGAGGUAAGGUGCUUGCCUUCAAACUCUGUUAGUGGCUGAAAAGAACCUUGUUUCAAGAUAACUUGAGUAAUUGCGUGGCCUUCCAAGACUUCAUCACUGGACUCCUAACCUAUUCUAGGGAGACUCUGUGUAUGCUGCAGGGUACGGGUUAGGGCAUGCUAAUCUAAGCCUUCCUACAGCAUUGUAAAACUGGCUCAGAACAUACAGAUUGCUGUGGAUGAUAGGAGAUAGGUUGCUGGUAAAGCUACAAUGUUUGGUUGAUUAAGGAACUACAUUAACUUGAAAAUUCUCAAUUAAGUAAGGUUCUGUCUCCAUAGAGCAGGAGGCUUUAAAAAAUUAAUACAAAAAAAAAACUAUCACAGAAUUGUAUCACUCUAUUAGAAAAUAGAAAAUAUCUGUUAGAUAAUGAUGUCUACCACCUUCUCUCUGACAAAAGCAGGAAUGCUUCCUCCAGGAGGAUUUCGAGAAAGUUAGCCUAUUAAAUCAAAAACAACAGAGUCACAUGGCACCUUAAAGGCUAACAAAUUUCAUAAUAAAAUUUGUUCUUUUUUUAAUGGUGCCACAACCCUCCUUUUUCUUCUGAGUUGGUGGUUGCUGUGACAUGUGUAUCAUCUGUAUACCAAUUUUCUUUAAAAUGCAUGUUAUUACACAAAUGUGCAGAUUUUGUCAUCUUGAAAACUCAAAUGAUUAGUCAACCAUGAUUUAUUUUAAACGGAGUUACAGCCCUAGAGCCUGCUGUAGGCAGGGCUGAUUAAAGUUGGUAGGAUGCACAGCAGAUCACAGAGUGAAAUGUCAUUUCUCUAUACAGAAAUUCAACUUUCCCCAUUGGGAUUGACUAGUGGAGAUUGAUUAUAUGUUUAUAGGCAUACUCUUGCUGAAACAGAAAACACUUACCUGUCACUUUUAUAUCUUUUGUACAACAGGAAACUCUGAGUACUCUUGAAUAUGCCCACAGGGCUAAAAAUAUCAUGAAUAAGCCUGAAGUGAACCAGAAACUCACAAAACGGGCACUCAUUAAGGUUCAGUAUAAUUUCAUUAUGUAUAAGUUCUCUUCAGAUCUUACCUACUGCAUUGCAGGACAGAUCUAGUUCAAUUAGUUGCAAUGCGAGACCUCUUGAGAUUGGGGUUUGCAGAGGCCAGUCAGCUUGGAGGAUACGUAUCAACACUGUACUGAUGUUUCAACAGGAAUAUACAGAAGAGAUUGAACGUUUGAAACGAGAUCUUACUUCUGCACGCGAGAAAAACGGUGUCUACAUUUCUGUGGAAAACUAUGAGUGAGUGCUUUGAAAAGAGCAAAGCUUGGCCGCUGUGGGUCAGCAUGGCAUCUUCGUUUCUUCCUCUAAUCAUGAACUCAGGUGGUUAGUGAUAAUAGGAUUGGUGCCAAAAGCCAAAAGGGAGCCUUCAACAUGAGAAGAUUUUAUACAAAUCCAAUCAAUUUUUUAAAAAAUUUAAGAGUACUCCCCCCAAAGAGCCCAAUGAGAACAGGCCAUGCUCAGUAGCUAAUGGAUAUUGAGCGAUGGUUAGAAAAGAAGAAAUAGGAACACGUGCAAAGGAAUGAAAUGGAAUAUUAUUGAGGAGGGCUCAGCUAACUAGAACCGUGAGUAAGGAGCACUAAUGGUAGAAGGUGAAUGUACACUGAGAUGUUUUGUUUCUGGUCUUGCUUAUAUCCUCUAAAAAUGAACUCAGGUUAUUGAGUGCCAACAGGGUUGGAGCUGCAACAGUGCCAUUGAGGCAUCCGCACGCUCUGGUGAAACCCGAGGUAUGCAGAAGAGUAAAACGCUUCUUUAAAAAUUCCCCAAAAUGACAGUAACACAAUGAUGACCAAACAUGUUCUGUGGCCUUUGACAGCCACAGAUUGCUGAGUGUCAGUUGGAAAAGGAAAGGGGGGGGGGAGUAUGAAUCGACCACUGUGAAGCCCUUUGCAGUUUGUACCAUCUUGAAGGAGCGUGAAGGUGAUACACUUACAACGUUUUGUUGCAGGUUCUGCUUGUCUAAUAUGCUGCCUAGGCAACAUUCCUGUACAUAAUUAUUUUGUUUUAAGUACCACACUCCUAUCUAUAUAUUAGAAUGCCUAAAGUACAGUAUAAGUUACAGGCCACUUGCACUUGUUUAAUCUCAGAGACUUCAUUGUAAAUGGGCUGCUCCUAUAUCUUAAGAAGAAAUCUGUAUCAAUAAUUAGUGAUAGAAGAAAUUUAAAAUCAUAAUAGCGUUUAAACAGGGAAUUUCCAGAUAUGUCUUUCUUUCCUUGCUCUUACAAAUAUUUAAGUGUCUUGCGCAGGCAGAGUCAACUUGUUCAGUGUUCACCAUACGUAAUUUUUUUAUUUUUUUUUAUUUUAGUGCUCUUAAUGGGAAGCUGACGGUUCAAGAGGAACAAAUUGCAGAAUAUAUUGAUAAAAUUGGUGCAAUGGAGGAAGAACUGAAAAGAGUAAGUUGGUGGCUCCUUUUGGGAGGAGUAAGGAGGGGGUAAUGUGUUUACAUUCUGAAAAAGCUUUAGAAUGGCUAGAUGAAAAUAAAGCAUCUUCACAUUGACAUGUUCCCAUCUAACCAACAGCAUUCAGCAUGUCCAGGAAUGGACAAUGUUGGUAAGAAAAAGGAAACAAUAAUGUACUUUAUUCACUUAAUGCAAUAUAUUUAAAGCAUUGUCAACUUUUGUUCACGUGAAAACUUUUCUGUGAGAUGCAAAUUAAGUUUGUUGAAGCUGAUGUAACAAAGCAGUCUGACAAUAUCUCCAUUCAGAUGCAACAACAAACCAUGGCUUGCUGUUCUGAUAAUCAUUAGCAGCAAGCUUUUCCUUACUUGGGUCCCUUCCUUCAGGUGGUCCCGCCCACCUGACAAAGUUCACCCAUAGGUGGGGAGAAAUAAAGAGUUGGGCCAAAGACGUUCCCCACCCCUGCUCUAACAGCUCAUAGUAUUUCUUUCAAGUGUUUUUUAGCUGUUUUUGGAUUACUUUCAAUUUCAGGUCACUGAGUUAUUCACAGUUCAUAAAAGUGAAAUGGAAAAGUGCAAGACAAACCUGCAGGUUAGGGAAAAAGAGCUGGAAGACACACAGAAGCACUUGGAAACAACCAAGGUUCUUCUUGAGGAAGAAGUGUAUAUAGCAUCAGCUUUGGAGAACACAGAAGAAAAACUUCAUGGCACUGCAAUUAAGGUUAACAAAAUUCACACUCCCAAGUUCCCCCCUCGCUAGCACUUGAAUGGGCAAUACUGUUAUAACGUCAUGAUUAUAACUUACGCUGUCGGCGUUGCAUAGGUUUUCAGGCUGCUUUCAAAAUCUUGAAGUGCAUCCCAGACCAUAAGAAUGAUCUGUUAAUGAUUUGGGAUAAAAGUGGAAGAGAAUGGUCUACUUCUCUCAUGAAGGGAAUCCAGAGGGCCAGUGGCAUGCACUGUUCAUGUGUUCAGGCAAGACUUGUAGAGCCUUUUAGCCUCUCAAGAGUUACCCUCUCGGCUUUGCCUUUUCCUCACUGAAGUAUCUUGAACCUUGGGCAUAGAAACUAGCCAUAGACAUAGUGACUGAAGCUUCAACACCCCACCCCUUCCAUUUCUCCUUUUAUUUUGUUUGGAAGGUCUUUUUUGUUUGCUGCUGUUUAUGUGUGUUUUAGCACCAUGCUCCGCAGCAAAAGGCACAGGGUUGCCUUGGAAUGAAGCUUUGAAGUUGCUAGAAAAUAGUCUGUUCCCCAGCAAGCUAUCUGAACUCAAUAACUCUUUUGAACUUUCACUUCUGGACCCCAGCAAUUCCAUGCAGCUUGGGCCACCUCUAGUUACAGCACUAGCUUUUUCAUGUGUUGCAUGUUGGCACUUGCUUAAAAACUGAGUGUUGGACUGCACUGCAGAGUCUGCCCCUGAUACCCAAACACUAAACUGCUUAAACGUAGGGGUUUAAUAUGACCGAGAACACAAUUGUGCGAGAGUCUGGACUGCAUGGAAGCCAUGUGUGAGCAACUGUUCAUACACAGGUUUUCCUUUGGGUGCUCACACUAGAUGCUAUCUUCUACAAUUGCUUGUUUGAUUUGAAGGUGGCUUAACGUUUGCGACUGGACUUAACUGUCAGGGUUCCUUUACCUUUAUCUUUUUAACAUCACCUAAUCUGUAACAUCACCUAAUCUGUACUGAUUUUGUAAUCAGUGUGAUGCGAACUGAAAACUGUCAAAACCUUUCUGCCUUAGCUGCUUACUGCUGUUAAAGAAACAACCACAGAUGUUUCGGGUCUGCAUGCAAAAUUGGAUCGUAAAAAAGCAGUCGAACAGCAUAAUGAGGAAGUCCAAAAGACAUUUGCAGACCACAUGAAUGCCUUCUUCUGCGAUAUGAAGAACUCCAUCAAUGAGAACUGUUGGAAACACCAACAAAUGCUGGACUCUUACACUUCUUCGGUUGGUAAGUGCCUUGUUUCAUCUUUCUGUGCAGCAGUCAUUCAGAAGACCUCCCUUCCCCUGAAACUGAAUUUGGAGUCAGACUUGUUCCUGAAAUCAUGGGGAAGACUGUCCUGUUGAGAAGUGACUCACUUAAACUGUGGCGCCCAUCUCUCUCUCGGUAGGUGAUCUUCUGUCUGCCAAUUCUUCAGCUUUUGGAGUUACUGCAUCAGCUAUAAUUUCAGCGUUCGGCUCUCUGCAGGAGAUGGUUUCCACUGAAGUUUCUCUAGCUUCUGAAAAGAUACUGAAUCAGGAGUCUCUGACAUCUCAAAAUAAAAAUGAUCUCCGGAAACUCUUAGUAAGUAUAAGUACCAUGGGCAGUAACACUCCUAAAUAAUUAUUGAAUUGUUUUUGUAAAAUAUCAUGAUUGCUUGAAAUGGACAGUUGUGUGGAAAUGUAACUGAUAAUGGCUCUCUAAACCAGGGAAGGAGAAGCUCUGCAGUCAGCAAAAGAAAUGACGUGUAGAAGCCACUUACUGAUGUUUUGAAUGGUUCUCGUUCAGCCUCAUUCCCAGCCAUUCCCUGUUCCUUGGCAGAGUGGCAUCAGGGAAGAAGCUAGGAAAGAAUAUAGCCAGCUGCUGUAGGGAAAAAGCUUCUGAGUUAUAAUAGAAAACAAAUAAUACAGUCAUCCAGCAACUGAUUUGCUGCAAAUGACCUAUCUACCUCAUUGUGACAGGUGAGGUACUUGGUCAUUGGGCAUCUUGGGAGUUGCCUUAGCUCUCAAGCACAGUCUUGCUCAAUCAGCUGCCACCCUUCUGUACAUCCUUGACCAUUCUACCAUACUGUAGUAUAGCUAUAGUAGCCAUUUCUGGAGCCAGGUUACAGCUGCCCUUGCUUUAAUUUUUGAGCCAACAUGGCUUUUGAACAAGAAGCCAUCGGUGGUUUUGAGCUGUAACAUUUCCUUUUCCACUUCCCACAACAAUCAGUUUUCUUACUGAACUCAAAAUGAUUUAAAGUAGAAGAACUGUCUUAUACCCCACAAUCUACUCUUGGUUCUAGGAAGAGCACACAUCAGGAUUGGACCAAGCCUUGAGGAGUCUGUCACCUGUGUUGAAAUUUGUUCUGAAUCUGAACUCUCAAGUUCAUGAUAAUUUGCAUAAAUAUUCAUCCCUGGCUGAAAAGGUAAUUUUUGAACAGCUUCUGCCAUAUCCUGAACUAUUGUACUCAAGUGUGUGCGAAAGUUUCUUUGAUAUAAAAUAUAUAUAACAGCAACAUCAAUAAUAUUUUAAGAAAGUAAGCAAGGUAGUGAAAUUCUUUCGCGUUGUGAAUUGAUGGUGCAUUGUGUGUGGAUGUGUGGCUGGAGUAAUUUUUAAAAACCCUACUACAAGUCCUAACAUUGGUGUAUUUCUGAACCUUGAUCUAUCAUUUUCUUGUUUAUAGAUGACAGGUUAUAGAGAGGAAAUGACUAUAUUCUUCCAAGACCAUUCUCUUGCUUUGAGUAAACUACAGGAGGACAUUUCCCAGAAGCUGGCUCAACUUCAGCAUGAUUGUGAGAGCUUACAGGAAGAGGUGGUGUUGUCUAAGGUGGCCCUUAAAAAGGUAUCUCUGCUUUUUGCGGCACAAUAAGGAAUAGGCCACGUUAGUCUCUGCAGCAGGUUCUCAAUGCAAUCAGACAGGCAGGCAGAACUGUGACCAUGGUUGAUAGGCAAACUGGACUGGACAGGGUUGUUGGUUCUGGUGCCCUUCACCUUAUGUUUCUAGUUGUGCAUUUGCCAUCCUGUAGAGGUGGGGAAAGUCAAGUUGCAGCUCUCAACUUCAGGUUCCAUUUAAAUGCUGCAAUAUGCAGGAGAAGGGCAUAUAACACAGCCUAUUUAGCCCUUUUUUGUCUUGAGCAAUCCAUACAAGCCACAGUUCUUUGUAUGGGAACUGGAAGUUUAUCUGUUAUUUCAUAGGGUUCAUUUAAGAAAUAAACACUUGUUUGUGCACCCUGCAGCUGGGGGAGGGGGUGUUUCUGUGCACUUCACUCUCGUGUGCUGUGUUCCCUCUGCACUGCCCCCCCCCAAUUUGUAACAGGGUUAGUGUGUUCUGCAAUAUGGCCUAGAUGCUGCUGUGUCAUGGAUUUCAACAUGCUGCCCUCGAUACCUUCCUGCACAGCAGUGUGCAGUGAAACCAUGUGAGAGCCAGCUGGCUGCACCCUAUUUAGGUAGAUGAAGGAGUUGAGUGUUGCGCUCCUGAAUGUGCAUCUGAGAGAGGGAAACAAUGAGGUGUUAGCAUGCAUAAGAGCAUAUAUUCAACAAAAAGGAGACUAAUAGUGCUGGAGAAGAGUGUACUUAAAUAUAGGUUCUAUUAUCUGUAGGAACAGAUGUUAUUUUUGAAUAUGCUUGUCUGCCUAAUGUACAACUUGUGUGGUGCAGCAGGUAACUGUCCCCAUUCCUAAUUCACGAGCUCCUGUCGAGGGCCUGAAGUUACAUGCAGCAGAAUAUUUAAAAUGUUUUGCCAUGUUCAUCAAAAAGUACACUGGCUUUCUUUUUAUGCUGUGGCUCUAAAAAUCAGUAGAUUUGUGUUUUAAUUCUCUGCAUUUGUUCUAGGCCUCUUCCCAGCUUCUUGCUUCUCUGGGCCUGCUAGAGCAAGAAACCCAGCAGAAUCUAAGUGAAGUGCUGGAGAAAGGUGAAAUGGUGAAGAAGAGUAUUGGUGCUGCCCAAGAAAGCAUAACCUUGUAAGGAAGCUCUUCAACUUGCUUAUCGCUUAAAUGUCUUUUAAAGGUUACGCACAUGUUUCUUAGGCUUACCCCGCAAUAAUUUUGCAGGUAGGCUAUGUAGGAGUUCAGAUGUGUGAGCCUUCUAAAUGCAGAAGUCUGAUUCUAAAAAUCUCAAAACCUAAGCAUGCUUGAAUGCAGCACCUAGUAAUAACUGACUGACUUAUUGUACAUUUUUUGGGACUUGCAUUAAUUAGUUGUGACUGCUAUGAACUUAGUAAUGAGUAAUUGUGGGAGUUGAAUGAAUAAAACUUAAGUUUAGGACUGCUUCCAAACUAUUAUCAAAUGGUCUAAAUUAGUUUCUGAACAAUGUGGGUGCCUGACCUAUUUUUGUGGUUAGUUGUCCAAAGGUUAUAUAUUUAAUAAAACGUAAAAUCAGAGAGCUGUUGGUAGUUGUAAGCUGUGGUGUGCCUGCUGGAUGAAUGAAAUAAAACUUCGUGUAACAGAGUUGCCGAAGGUUGUUUCUUUUGCUACAUUCUUCAGCCUACCCUUAAGGAUACUCAUUGAUGCUGUCACAAUGAAACACUGUAUUUAUGAUUAGGCAUUCUCCUACAGAGGGCCCCCAAAAUUACUAGUUACUGUAUCAAGAAAGGACUGCAGCUCAGUGCUUUUGAACACGCGUAAAGGUAAAGGUACCCCUGCCCGUACGGGCCAGUCGUGUCCGACUCUAGGGUUGUGCGCCCAUCUCACUUAAGAGGCCGGGGGCCAGCGCUGUCCAGAGACACUUCCGGGUCACGUGGACAGCGUGACGAAGCUGCUCUGGCGAGCCAGCACCAGCGCAGCACACGGAAACGCUGUUUACCUUCCCGCUAUAAAGCAGUACCUAUUUAUCUACUUGCACUUAAGGUGCUUUCGAACUGCUAGGUGGGCAGGAGCUGGGACCGAAAGACGGGAGCUCACCCCGCCGCGGGGAUUUGAACCGCCGACCAUGCGAUCGGCAAGCCCUAGGAGCUGAGGUUUUACCCACAGCGCCACCCGCGUUGAGCACGCAUACACUAUAUAAAUGCAGGAAAGUAUCCACAGUAAUAAUGUGACCUGUUCAACACAUAGGAAGUGAUAGCCAAUGCAAUAUGCCUGCUGUGUACCAUUAAAAGCAAGUACAGUCGUACCUUAGAAGUCAAACGAAAUCUGUUCCGGAAGUACGUUCAAAAAUCGAAGCAUGACUUCUGAUUGGCUGCAGGAGGAGCUGCAGAAGCCCUGUCGGACGUUUGGCUUCCCAAAGAACGUUUGAAAACCAGAACAUUCACUUAGGGGUGUGCGGUGUUUGGGAGCCAAAACGUUUGAGAACUAAGUUGUUUGAAAGCCGAUGUACGACUGUACUUGGAUCAAAAGUUUUAAUAAUCUAUUACUAAAUCUGUUAAUACAGGCAGACUACUGGCCUUGUCAACUCUACAACUUCGCAGCACAGCAGAUUAACGCUGCCUCUGAAUGAUUUUUCACAAGAGAUCAGGCAAUCCAACGAAGAAAAUGUUCAGAUAUUGCUGGAAUCAGCCAGCCACUGCAGGGACCUGGACAGGCUCCUGAAAGACAUGUGCCUGGAAACAAAUAAGUGGAGUGAAAUUGCGGCUACAAAGAUGGACUGCAUUGUUGAUCAACAGGCAGCCUUCCUCAGCACCAGAAAGGAACACCUACAAAGAAUAUACAAGGUUACUUAGCAUCUUACAGCCUAAUGACAGACUUCCUAAAAGUACUGUACCACUUUAGGCCAUGGGUGGAGAAUCUCUUGGGGGUAAUGUGUUGGGUGGUCAGGGGCAGUGGUGCGCUGGGCCUCCUGUUUUUUCUUGUUGUUGUUGUUGUCUACCUUCCUGUUUCUCCACCCCUUGCCACCCACAAAAUAGGCCAAAUACUGUAGGUUGCCCACUCUUGCUUUAGAUAGACAAGACCAGUCUGUGGCUAGCAUAUAUAAAACAUCUUGGAUUGGAUAAAAUUUGGGUGUGAAAAUUACUUGAUUCUCAGUCGAGAACAGUUGGAAAGGCUGGGCCUAUUCAACAUCUAGUAUUUGGCCAAGGUUGGGGAGAGUUGCCCAUCUUUACAUGGAAGAAUUCAAACACAUUUUGGCCCCCUCUGCACUAUACAUUUAAAGCAGCACCCUACCACUUUAAACAGCCAUGCCUUCUCCCAAUGAAUCUGGGAAAUGUUAGCUAGUUAAGGGUACUGGACCCUGUACUCCACUCACAGAGCUAUAAUUCUCAGAGUGGUUUAACAGUUAAUCCCUCUUCUCUGGGAAUUGUAGCUCUGUGGGAAAAAUAGAGGUCUCCUAACAACUCUCAGCACCCUUAGCAAACUACAGUCUUUGGGGGAAACCAUGGCUGUUAAAGUGGUAUAAUGCUGCUUUAACUGUAUAGCGCAGAUGAGGCCUUCUGAGAGUUUGAUCACAAGUGGCAGCGCUAUCAGAUUUGGCCACCUGAUAUUGGUGAAGGCAGAUGAAGUUGCAGUACCCUUGCUUUGAGCUCCAGUUGUGCCAGGAUGUGCAAUCAUUUCUGUGUGCAGUGUGAUGUGCUUUCAAGCGCAAUAUAGCGCUUUUAGAAAAUGUUCGCCCUCUGGCCUGAUUCUGGACCAACGUUUUCUAGUCAACCUUCCUGCCGAAGCAACAGGACCUGGUUCACAUGAUACGUUAAAGCAAACUAGGUGGUUCAGGAUGAGCAUGCAGCAUGCUGGGGCACAUUGCUGAAAUUGGAGUGCUUCAUUCCUUCCCCACACCUGCUGCUGCUUAUAAUUUGACAAAGAAGUCAGGAGACGUCUGGGCAGUGCCACUAGUGGUUUUCCAGAGUUUUAGAAGCCUUUGUAGAGGAGAACUGGCAAAGAAGAAAGCUUAAAUAUUUUUGCUACCUGGAAGCUAACUUGGUUUUCUGAGAACAUGGACCUUUGUAUGUAUAAAACCAAGCUUAAGCCCUUUUUGUCCAGCAUUAUAUUUAUUAAUUCCACAUUUUGUAAAGAAAGUUCCUAGUAUUAAGCUCAUCUAGGAGUUUUCGUGAAUUAAUUAGGGGAAAAAAUAGCUGUGUAUGCGUGGUGUUUAGAUUUCUUACAGUGGUUAGUAGGAACCAUAUGAUAAAAAAUGAAAAUGUUUACCAGUUGCUACAACUCUGGAGUGUUUUAAGACUUGCAUUUUGCUUUCAGGAUUUAGAUGAGAAUUGCAGCUCAUCAGUUGCUAAGGUCACAGACCAUAUUACAGGACAAAAAGAUACUGAAGCAGAAGCCCUGAAGAGGCUCCUUGACAGGAUGAGGAAUGAUAAGAAUGUGCUCCUGAAGCAGAAAGAGAUACUCCUUGAAGAAACCGAGGAUGGGUCAACUCGCAUUAAUGGCUUCCUGAAGGAGGAACUUAAAGUGGAUGUCCCGACAGGUAUUUGGAGGGAAACAAUGAGUCAUGGAGAAAUCCAAAAGUGUGUGGAAUUUAGCAGCUUUUCUGUGCCAAAAGACGGCGGUUUUAGUGUCACUUAAACUUACUUUUGUCCUGAAGGAGCCACCCCAAAAAGGAGAGGAUACCAGUACCCAGUGACAGUUGUGAAAACAGAACCUCGCGAUGUCCUGCUGGAAAGAUUAAGGCAAAAGCAGACAGAAGUCGCAGCUACGCCCAAAGCUCCUGAAAAGGUAUUUGCGGAAGUUAGAAGGGGGGAGGAAAGAUGCUUCUUCAAAUGUGUAAUUCUUAAUGGCAGGGACACAGAAGUACAUAAAUAGAAGUGAGAUAUCUAUCUCUCUAUCUAAUCUAUGAUACCGCCCUAUACCUGCAGGUCUAAGGUUGGUAAGUAGCUGUAGAGCAAGGGGGCAAACCUUUUUUAAGGGCCACAUACCAGUAGUGGGCAGGGCUGGAGGCAAAAGUGCACACAGCAAGGAAUGAAAGGUUUUCAUUUGUCGUGUACUCAUGAAACUAGCCUGUUACACAAGCACCUCCUGCCGGCUGUGCAUUUAACUUUAUGAGGGGGCUUCUAUCUGUAUUCACUGAUAUAGCAGGCUUACUGUUGUGUUCCCAGGAUGAUUUGGAGGAGGAGGAUGAGGAGGAUAUAAUAGAGACCAACGGGAGCCCGCUAAGUGAAAAAUCCUUCUUGGAGACAAGUGUGUGUAUCAGUGGAGGAGUUCCUUUCUUCCAGGUAACUGUUGUAUUUUCUGUAGAACAAGAAAAUUACAAGGUUGUAACAAUCUACAAGUCUGUCAGGACUAAUCAGAGCUAGGAGAUAGGUAUAGUUCAGUAUAACAGGCACACUGGAAAUGUAGAAGAUUAGGGAUGUAGUCCUUGAACUCACUGGAACUGACUUCUGAGUAGACAAGCCUAGGGCUGUGCUGUAGAAAGUCUGGCUUCUCACGAAGAGGUAAAGUGAACUUGAAUGUGUACUUGCAGUUGUCCAAAACGAAAGUGGUGCAACCCUUGUACCUUUGAAGCAUCACACUUUCAAACCAAAGCAAGAAUCUCUGCAGAAUUUCUAGCAAAAAUCCUUAGGCGGCAUAAGCUUGUAGAAGAUUUUAGAUAGAAUUGAAUGAAGUAUGGAAUUUGGUACUGGGAAGAGAGUUAAUCUUGAAAAGUAGCUUUCAUUUUUAAAAACAAGAAUCUUACCCUUAUGGCUGCAAAUAAAACUUGGAUAGCUGCUAAAAUCAGACAGUGGAGCUUCAGUGCUGUGUAUCUCCUUGUCCCGCCCCAUGACUAGCAGAUGGAGAAUAAAUACAGGUAAUGUUGCAAAACUUACAGGUCUUGGAUGACUUUGGAGCAGGUUACAUCCAGCUGUAUGCUAGGUGACCAACCCGAUAAAUACAGUUGUCUUGAAACAAAAAACCAUUGGUGUGUCCUUGGCUACUAAUUUAAAGCUUUUCUAAUAUCUAUCUAUUUGUUUUUGUAACUUCAAAUGCAAACAGCUUUUAAUCUACUGUCUGGUAAAGAAUAUAAUUACGAGUUUCUUUUUCUGGGUGGUGUUGGUGUGGUUCUCUCAUAGAUCACUGCUAAGACUUGAUAAUCCACCUUAAAUGGCUAUGCCACAGAACAGAACUUUUUUGCUGGUAUUGCUGGCACCUACAGUUGUCUCAAUGGGGCGCAGGUGGCACUGUGGGUUAAACCACAGAGCCUAGGACUUGCCGAUCAGAAGGUUGGAAGUUCGAAUCCCCGCAAUGGGGUGAGCUCCCGUUGCUCGGUCCCUGCUCCUGCCCACCUAGCAGUUCGAAAGCACGUCAAAGUGCAAGUAGAUAAAUAGGUACCGCUCCAGCGGGAAGGUAAGCAGCAUUUCUGUGCACUGCUCUGGUUCGCCAGAAGCAGCUUAGUCAUGCUGGCCACAUGACCCGGAAGCUGUACGCCGGCUCCCUCAGCCAAUAAAGCGAGAUGAGCGCUGCAACCCCAGAGUCGGUCACAACUGGACCUAAUGGUCAGGGGUCCCUUUACCCUUUACCUUUUACAGUUGUCUCAGAAUGCAGAUGACUCUCUGUAAGGAUGAGAAACUAAAUUCAGUAUUCCACCUUGACUGCAGCUUAUAGUAGAGGUAUCUGGCUUUUCCAGUGUUCUCAUACAGAUGGAAAAUUAAAUUUUGCAGAACGCAUUAGAAAAAAAUGGUUAGUGGAACCCUGUUUUCCAUAUAUUAAGGCAUGGUUUGCCCAACAAGCCGAAAGAGAUGGUAAGGUAGACUCCAGAUGAGGAAUGCUAUUUUUAAAAAAUGCUCCCCUAUAUUUCAAAGCUCCUUGCUGGUAAAAAAUCAGCAUGACAGGCCCAGACCUGGACUUGAACAUUUUUACAUUGUGCUAGUUUUUUGUUCACUGGAAUUUCCCCCCCUUUAAGGGGUAUUGUCCACCUGUAGAACAAUCUCUUCUAUCACUUCAUUUUGCAUUUGUUGACCCAGCUUUAAAUCAUCACUAAGUUGCUAGGCCAGUCUAAAAUUGUGAUAAGUCUACCUUUCAAAAGAGCCAAAUUUCCAGUGUCAUCUUCUGUGUGGUUUUGCCAGUCAGUGAACUGUGUACCGUAGUGCGUACCAUAAAUUUUAAAACAUAAAGUGGAAUAAAUGAUCAGCUGAGCUCUUUAACCCUACAGCAUAAAAGGAGUAUCAAAAAGGAUAAAGAGAACAGAUCUGCAUUGAUCCUGGAAAAGACCAGGGAGGAAGAUAAAGGAGACCCAACUUUUUCAAAGUCAAGAUAUCCAUUUAGAGUACAGAACUAAGGAUGUACAGCAUUUGUCUUUGUUUCUUCAAUGUUUCACGGCUUAUUAGUUUGAGUUAUGUAUGUAGUACUAUAAUGUUGGUGUCCCAAAUUAGCUGUGAAGAGAGUUUGAAAAUACCAGUCUCUUAAUAAAUGCUUUAACUCACUAUUUUUGAAUUUUUUUAACACCUUAUUUUCUAAUAAAUACAUAAAAUGUCCAGCAUCGUUAAGCUUAUUUUUCUGCAAAAGGAAUCAACACACAUUGCUGGGUGGGAAACAGGCCUUUUGAACAUAUCAAACAUGUGUGCCUUAUUUGUAAAUUGAAUUAACCUGGGUUUCUCUAACAAAUGACCAAAAGCACUUUUAGUAUCAAGCCUUCCUCCCCAGAUUGGCCUCUGCUCUGAUGGGCUUUCUCGGUCUCAGGGAUACAAUCCUCAUACACAUAACACAUUGACUCAUUAAGUGAAGAUAUAUGGGGAUGAACUCAACAGAUCCUCCAUCUCAGAAGAAAGCCCGAGAAGAUGUUCGACUAACCCUAUUGUAUCUUAAGGAUCCUAGAUUCCUUGGCAGCAGUGUAUAGAGUCAUCAAACCCUGGAGCUCUGUCUCCUGAGGCUUACUCUGCAUAGCACAAGAAGUCAGGUCUUCUCCACAACUGAGACCUGAAGCUAAGCCAGGACAUUUGCCCCCUACAGCAGAGCACGCGUGUGGAUCUUACCAAGUUGUUCCUAUGCUCCUGCUGUCAGGCAAACACUCUCCAAUGGUAUUAACCUAUUUAGAACAUUUAAGAACAAUUAAAAACAUCUAAAAGUAUGUAUGCUGCCUGUCUUUAGUAUCAAGCUCCGAUCACUUUUAAAUUCACUCUCUCAUCGCCCAUAUUUAAUCUGUUGGAAUGUUCAGGGAGGCAGGAGAGGAUAUAUUGUUUAUUAAUAUUCCUCCUAACUUGCGCUAGCAAGUUCCUUUACUUAGCAGAGUUUCACAUUCCACUUUUAAACGCACAGCGGAUAACUGGUUGCAGGCUUCUGUAAGCCUCUAUUAGGUUCCUGGUAAGUUCCCUUAUAUCCCUCUUAAAAGAGUAAACACACCACAAUAUUGUGUAAAGUAUAUAAAAGUAGUUUACUUACAUUCAGUUCACAGUUGGAUCCCUGAAGGCAGACUUAGUUACAAAGUAUAUACAAGUGGAGCUAUCCCAUAUGGGGAGAAUUCCAGUGUCCUCUGUUGGCUGGAUGCCAACAGAGCAUCUCUAGCUAAAAAUUGCUCUAACAAGGGAGGAAGUCAAAAAGAGAGUGCUGCGUGCCUUGUCCUUUUGUUACCUGGACAGGUAAGGUCACACCCACCUCUAGUCACAUGCAAAGGAAGUAUGUCCCAGCCAGAAGGAAACAGGAAGUUUUUGACUGGCUGGACCAAACAUUCCCCCGCAUGUCCACUAGGAAAACAAGGAACGUUGUACUUGACUGCUACUUAUGUAUCACAUCCCACACAAUCAAGUCUCAUUGGUGUUUCAACCGAUCUUUCUGCAACUAUGCACUGACCGUGCGUUGGAGGGUGCUACAUGUGCCCUUUCAGUUCAUUAUUUCUUUCUCGGGUCCAGGGUCACCAAUAGUUUCCAAACGUAGCACUGAUUCAGUAAUCUGUAACAACAAAUAUUCAGCAUUUGCUCAGAUAUUCGAUUAUAUUAGGUUCUAUCGAUAAUGUAACUCAAUCCAGCAAGCUAGCACCUGAAUAGGUGGCCUGAAAGCAGGCAAGGAAAUUUUAUUACAUCUGUUAACGCGGAAGCCAGUCUUGUUCAUCCCAGGUUUACAGAAGGUCAUUUUAUUAGCUGUUAUCCAUAGCUUAUGUUGACAAUUGAUUUUCAUUGUUGAACAGUGAAAUUUAUUAUCUGCCAUUUGAUAAAGAUAAUUAAAUUGGCUUUAUAUAGAGUUGCUAUUGUAAAUGUUAUGCCUGCGAAAUGCUCGCGUAAAACUGCUGUAAGAGUGGAAAUGUGGAAAGUGAAAGCUGCUUUCAUUACAUUUAAUGGCCUCUGAGCUUUUCUGCCCUGACUCUGAUUUCACAGGUUAUUACAGUGCCUAUUAAAACUUGUUUUUGAG